CUUCUCCCCACCACAAACCACCACCAGACGGUGCUUCCCAAUACCGCCCUCACCUCAAUCCAACACCUUACCUCCUCCACAUCAUCCCUCCCGUCUUUGCAACAACUACCACAACCUCCUCCCCCCCCACACUUCCUUUCUCACUGCUCUUCUCUUUUCACCUGGUGGUUAGUCUGGUCGUGGCUGUGGUUGUUGCUUUAUCAGUGCCCUUUCCUCGAAUUUUUGCAGAAAAGAUCAACCACGAAAAUUAAUUAGAGACGUUGGAGGGACGGAAAGGACAAGAAAAACCCUUCCCAUCGUCCCCCGCCAUUCUGAUUUCGUCAGCGCAGGCUGUCAAUCCUUUGCCUUCUUCAGCCUGCAAUUCCCUAAAAUCGGUCUCUGCCUCUUCUGCGGCCUUGUCUGACGUUACAGCCCUCUUCGUCAUCCCCCCAUCCUCUCUUAUCUCCACUCGAAGGACUUCGUAUAUCGGAACUGGUGGACUUUUUGCCAUCGUAUCCACAUCUCGAUCCUCUCGAUCGCGGAAUAUUACAUAGACGGCGCCCGCGGAAAAGUCUUGUCCCUCAUCCCACAGUAACGACGUCAGUUUCUGGUGGCCCCGCUCUUUACCACCCCGAUCAACCUACUGCUCCACGAGUCUUGUUCGUUGGCCAACUGCCCUAGGAAGGGUGGUUUAUUGAAAGAAAAUGGUAGACAGGGAUCCAGGUACACCUACCUGGAAGUUCACCCAAUGCUUUGGUGAUAAGGGCGAUGUGGAAGAUAUCACGGAAGCGGAUAUCAUCUCUACUGUCGAGUUUGACCAUACCGGAAACUAUUUGGCUACGGGAGAUAAGGGUGGGAGAGUAGUAUUGUUUGAGCGGAAUGAGACGAAAAAAACAUGCGAGUAUAAAUUUCAUACCGAGUUUCAGUCGCACGAGCCAGAAUUCGACUAUUUGAAAUCACUAGAGAUCGAGGAGAAGAUCAACAAAAUAAAAUGGUGUAGACGAUCAAACUCGUCUCACUUCCUCCUCUCGACAAAUGACAAAACGAUAAAACUCUGGAAGGUGUUCGACAAGUCGUUGAAGGUCGUUGCAGAAAACAACCUCUCGACCGAGCUUACACCCGCAGGCGUUGGUGGUGGAGGGGCGCCUCGCGCCCCUCGUUUGUCCUUCAAGGAUCCAUCAGCGUUGAAGCUCCCUCGGAUGACACACCAUGAUACUGUUGUGGCAGCUGUACCUCGAAGGACAUAUGCCAAUGCGCACGCAUACCACAUAAACAGCAUUUCCGUCAACAGCGACGGGGAAACUUUUAUUAGUAGCGAUGAUCUCCGAGUCAAUCUGUGGAACCUUAAUAUCCAAGAUCAGAGUUUCAACAUCGUCGAUAUCAAACCCGCAAACAUGGAGGAGCUGACGGAGGUAAUCACGGCCGCGGAGUUCCAUCCUACCAGCUGUAACUGGUUCAUGUAUGCGAGCUCGAAAGGCACAAUCAAGCUCGCCGACAUGCGACAGCGGGCUUUGUGUGAUGAACACCAUAAACUUUUCGAACAAGAGGAGGAUGCCUCCUCCCGCUCAUUCUUCUCCGAAAUUAUCUCAUCCAUUUCAGACGUACGGUUCUCGCAUGAUGGUCGCUAUAUCGUAUCCAGGGACUACCUAACUGUUAAAAUUUGGGAUGUCAACAUGGAGCGCCAACCAUUGAAAACGAUCCCUAUCCACGAACACUUGCGGCCACGCUUGUGUGACACGUAUGAGAACGAUAGUAUCUUCGAUAAAUUCGAAGUUGUCUUCUCGGGCGACGCGGAGAAUGUCAUGACUGGAAGUUACAACAACAACUUCAUGAUCUACCCCACCGAUCCUGCUAAGGAGACAGAGAUAGUGUUGCAGGCAGAUAAGUCAGCGUUCAAGGCGAAGAAGGUUGGCGUCCCAACACCGAUGAACAAGGGCGCCAAUGGGAAGAAGGGUAAUGCCAGAGCUGGAAGUCCCGCUGGUCCUGGUAGCCGGAUGAAGAAGGAGACCGACGCGGAUCAGAUUGACUUUAAUAAGAAGAUCUUACACAUGAGCUGGCAUCCGUACGAGGAUAGUAUUGCUAUUGCUGCUACUAACAACGUGAGUGAUUUCCGUUCUCUCUUCCGUCUUUCAUCAGUGCUCUCAUAUACUGACGUUGUGGGACUCAAUAGUUAUUUGUUUUCUCUGCAUUGUAAGUACGCUACAGGAUGGUUCAUAUUCAUAGUGGACAGGAUGUCAAUUUCGGGAAAAUCAAGCAUGAAACAAAGUAUAAAACAGAAAAGAGGAUACUAGCAGCAGCAUCCGCAGUACCAAAAUUCAAGUUGCCAGUUCAGGUUCAGAUUUUCCUUCUACCCUUUCCCCCCUAAUGUUGAAAAUUCGGUCGUGCAUUCGCCGCCCCGAGUUAUUCCAACUUAUUCCUUAACUCUCCACCGCUUUAACGCUCUGAUGAUGUGUCGGUUUCGUUCUUUUACUUCGAGUGGGUCUUGGUGAUGUUCUGAUGAUUCAUUUGGGGGCGUUAUAAUGGGAUAUCAUAGAGAAGACGCGGAGCCUCUAAAGGGUAACCUUUUUUUUGCUGCCCAGUUCUUUCUAUCUAUUGAACGGUUUUGGGCAUAGCACUCCUAUUCGGUGACAAGGAGCAAGGAAUCUCACCUAAACCAUAGGCGCCGACCCGUCUAUUGUGGCAUUGGUUACAGCUAGAGCAGGAUAUUCUGACGGUCUGGCUUGGAUUGGUUGCGGUGGUUUAGGUGCCUAGCGUUACCGAGUAGAUAAUGAAUCUAUGGAUUUUGAAUUAAUAUAGUCUCUCCACCUAGAUGCGAAUAUGAGUUGCCUUCGCUACGGCUGAUAGAUCCGCGCGGAGCUAAUUCCUAUAUGUGACGUCUGAAGUACUACAAGGCGGAAUCUCCCGAACAGGCGGUACAAAAAUGCCAACAGCUGCAUAGUAGACGGUUCAUAUUAAUUGAAUAAUCAUUCUACAGCGGCCGAAGCGCAUGG